CGGCUCCGACCAUAUCGUCUUGCUAUCGUGUAGACGGUCGUUGUCUUGCACCUCACUCCGGCUCAUUAUCAUCGUCCUCUGAACAGCUCGUUGCGGACGCGCAAACAAUCAUUCAAGAUGAGCCACGACAUGGGAAACAUGGAUAGCGGUGGUGCUGCGUGCAAGGUGGAGAUGCUUUGGAACUGGAACACAAUUGAUGCGUGUUUCCUCGCCGAAUCAUGGCAAAUCCAGAACUCAGGCAUGAUGGUUGCCACCUGCAUCGGCGUUAUCCUGCUGGUCGUCCUUGUCGAAUUCUUCCGUCGCAUGGGCAAAGAGUAUGAUGCCCUACUACAGCGGCAAUUCCACCGCCAGGCAACAACUCACGGCGUCGCCAUGGCCGCUGCGGGCUGCACCGGCGCCGUCAUGCCCACGCGGCAAACCCUCACCUACCGGGCCUCGCCUCUGCAGCAGCUGGUGCGCUCCAUCAUCCACGCCGUGACAUUUGCGGGCGCCUACAUCAUCAUGCUGCUUGCCAUGUACUUUAACGGAUAUGUCAUCAUCUGCAUCUUCAUCGGCAGCGGCCUGGGCAAGUUCUUUUGCGACUGGUUGGUGGUCAAGAUUGAUCUUGAGGGGAUGGAAGGUGACGAGAGCAAGCCCAAGGGUAUCGAGGAGACGACGGUCUGCUGUGGUUGAUUGGGCCAUGUUGCGGAAGUUAAAGGUUGUUUACAGGAUUGGAAGCAUUGAUGCUUCAACUGCAUUGUUUUAACGAUACCCUUGGGGGAGAUGUCAUUUUAAGCACACACACAUUGAGCAUUCUGGAAACAUGAUGCUAAAGGAUUAACGAACCUAUAAAUCGAAUUAGACUACUGAAUCAUAUGCGAAAA